UAAUUCAAUCAGUUAACCUCAAAGAGUGAAUAAUUUAAUGUCUUUCUAAAUUUAUUUACAUUUCUCCCUCAAACUGUAAUGGAUAAUUUGAACUGUGUUGACCUUUCACCUUGUAAUGAAUUAUUGUCUUCAAAAUUUGCUCAUUUCUUGAGAAUUAAACCUUCGACCAAGUCCUCAGGUGAAGAGAAUGGACCUUAUAAAGUGAUUGAUUCCAACAUUUUAUCUGUUGAUUUGAGAAAAAGUGAUUCCAAUAGGGAUAAAGGUGAUUUCAUGAGGUUAUUCGCAUUUACUGAGCUUUUAGAUGAUUCGGUGAGUCAAAAAAGCGUAUUCUCAAAAUGCUGUUUACCUUUAAUUAACGACGUUCUCAACGGAGUCAAUGGUUUGCUCUUCUGUAUUGGACAAUCAUACACGAUGAAAGGGUCAAUUGAAGAUCAAAGUUCUGACCCUGGUUUAGUUUCACUUGCACUGGGAAUGAUUUUUUCUAAACGUUCUUUUAUUAUCGAUCCAUGUGGGAAAAUUGACUCUUCGGACUCAACUGACCAAGAAUCAGCUCUCUCGAACAUUGAAAACAACGAUAGUCAUGCAGUUGGCAAUAAAGAAGAAAAUAUUUCAUAUCAACAUGUUUGUUACCUUUCACACUUUGAAAUUUACGGCAAUUACAUUUAUGACCUUUUGGCUCCUUCAUCUGAUGGCUCAAUUUCACCUUUACCCUUGUUCACUGAUGAUGAACAGAAUCAACCUAAAACUGAAUUACAGUCAGUUCUUGUUUCAUCGUUCGAAGAAGCUUUUAGCAUCUAUUCAAUUGGAUCCACGAAUCGACAAAAAAACACUUUGGAAAACAUUCCAGAUACUUCGAUGAGUCGAAGACAUCCGUUUUUCUGUAUCUCAUUGAUCAAGUUCAAGCAACAUAAAGGAAAAGUCUUGGAAUCGAAAGUGUCACAUUUGACUUUAGGCGAUUUCUCAGGAUAUGAAAAUAACACACAAAUGGUAAAGAUCCUUACGAAACUGGUACAACUCGAAGAUCGUUUCGACCUAAGCAAAAAUACUCUUAAAAGUUUGGGUGACAAUAGAAAAGUUUGGAUGAUUGUUGAUAUCGAUCCAUCUUCAAUAUUAUUACAUAAAACUCUAAAAUGCUUACAACUCGGUGUUGCUACUUUCCACAAUUUGCCUUCGAUUUUUACAGAUCGUCCGCAUAGAAAUGCGAAAACAUAUGAGAAUUCAGUUGGAUCGAGCGAUAAAGAAUCACAAACGGAGAAUCUAGAAUUCGUACCCAUCGCACGAUUGGAUGAACUCAAGGAAUCAUAUGAGAAAAAGAUUCAUGACUUGGAAAACAAAGCUAAUUUGGAUUUGGAAUAUCUUGGAAAAGAGCUUACAAAGCAAAUCGAUAGGAUCUAUCACCAAGAAAAUCGAACAGUGGUUCCAGUCUCCGAGUUGGAAAUAAUUCGAGCUUAUCAUGCUUUGGAACUGAAAGAGUUGAGAGAAACUUUAGAAAAGGAAACGCAGAAAAAGUUGUCAUCAAUUGAGGACGAAUUAACUAAUCUUGGAAAGAGUUCCGCUAAUCGUAUGAGGGAAAGUUUAAUUUUUAUCAAUGAAGCAUCGACGCUCUCAAGAUCCAAAGACAAAAAAGGAGAAUUUCCAAUUCAGAAGUGUCAGUUAGAAAAAGAAAUGAAGAUCAUUUCAGAUCAACGCAAAUCUAAUUCGAAACAAGGUUUGAUUGCCACGAGCGAAAAAGAAAACGUAAUAGAUGAAAUAAUUCAUGAAGGUGAUACGAUAAUUGUUCAUCAUUCACAUGAACAGGCGAUCAAAGAACUGAGAGAAACAUUGAAAAAGGAAAACCAAUUGAAGUUACAGUCAAUCUAUGAAAAAGUAAAAGAGCAUCUGAAUGUAUUCAAGGAGAAAUUGGCCCAACUAAUGAACAUUGCGACAGAUAAAGAGCCACAAACAGAUACAAUAGACUGUUCAUCUCGAGAACAUGAGCCUACUCAAAUUUUCCAUCAACAUUCUAAUCCAAGUGACCCUGAAGUCGAACUGGAAAACGAAGAUGAUGAUCAGGUCUCCGUCGUAUCACUUAAAAGACGAAGAAGUUCAAGAUCAAAAUGUCUACAAGAGAUCACAAGUCAAUCGAAUUGUUCUCCAGAUUCCGUUUUAGAAUCUCAUUUGAUUGAAAAGAAAAAGAAAUUCUGUAACUCUACUGAUCAAUCUUUUAGUGGUUCUACUCUUGACGAAAAUACAAACUUCGAUAAGCCCAAUUCAAGUUUACCACCAUUACCAAAGUAUCUUCCUGAUUCGUCAAAUUGUGGACUUGAAAAUAAUGAAAUUUGGUAAGACUCAAGAUACGACAAUUUAACUUUGAGCUGAUUUUAUUUCGGCUUUAGACUGAUGACUAUUUUUAGAAAUUAAAUUAAUUUAGUUGAUUCUUGUUAAAUAAUCAAUUAAAUAAUCAAACAAUUGGUAACACUUUUUAAUGACAAAAAGGCGCAAAUUAGAGCACAUUUUACAUAAUUUUUGUACUUAAUUAUUCAAAUUAAAAUAAACCAAUCUUUUUCUUUCAAAA